CAAAUUUUUAGGCUACUAGACCAUCUCUGGACAAUGACAAAUACAUGAACAACAACGCUAAAGCCUACUGCCGUGUCUAAUGAAUUCAUCAGCCAGACCGAAGUCAUGCGAGACCUCACAAGCUGUUUAUGAACGAAAUACUGAGACUUCUUUAUCAGUCGUUCCAAGUCCGACACAGUCUCGAAUGGUCGGCAAUUCCAUUUGAAACCGGCGGAUGACGAAUAAUUGCGGCUGUGCCCUUGAAAUGAACACCGAUGUACGACAGCGUGAUAAACCAUGCGCUGUGUGUAUGUGUUUGGAAUUUCCUGAUAAACGCCUGCAUUCGUUGAAUUAGAAAAUGCAAUACGCAAAUGCAUAAAUGCAAACUGUGCAUUAGAAGUGCAGUGUGGUGAUACUUACUCUUUGACGUCGGUUCGUAAGCAUGUCUAUCAAUUACCUCCCGGUCGAAUUGCUGCAGAAAAUAUUCUGCUUUUUAUCGUAUACGGACCUGGAGCAGAUAUCGCUAGUUUGUCACCGUUGGAAUAAAGCAUCCGAAAAGUUCAUAGUGGAUAAAGUCAAGCUCAAUAUCACCAGCUCCUUCCCGAGAACCUACGCAGCCCUGGCCGAGUGGGAUGAUCGACAAUCCACAUUGAAUGUCAUUCGGAACAGUUUGCGCAAUUAUCGAACGGUUGCCUUCGACUGUAAUACAGCGUUAGAUGAGUGGCAACAACUCGAACCAUUCGUAGCAGGAUGUGCCGAGCGGUUUACAACUAUCGAUGCCUUAUAUUUGGAAGAUAUUCAAAGCCAAGACUUGCAUCGCUUAUAUUCUACACAUCGAGAUUGGCUUACACAAUGCAAUUUUUUGGAUGUUUCAAUGAAAAGUUCCAAUUAUGAUGAUUCUAUAAAUCAUGGUGAAAAAAGUGAAUGGAUUUUAACGAUGCCGAAUUUGAAACAUAUUUUAUGGAAAGAAUGUACGCAUGACCCAUGGAGGACAAUUACAAUAGACGCCCCUAAAUUGGAAACGAUUUGUCUUGAAAGCAAUGACAGUUGUCGACUUGGCGAAUUAAGAUUGCAAUGCAGCCAUGUAAAGCAUAUCGAAUGCAUACUGUUUGAGGAUAAUUUUUCAGAAAUGUUCGAAACUAGUCUCGACUACGUGGAAAGUCUUAAAUUGACUCUUGAAUAUCGAAUUGAUCUUAGAUUCAUCAGUGCAUUACAUCAGUUAAAAUAUUUAAACAUAACAUUCAUCAGCAAGAUGAAAUCGCUCGAUCAAUUAGAGGCCGCCUGUGCUCACCUGCAAGUUAAAACAUUGAGAAUCUCAUGUUCAGUAGACAGAUGCUCCAUUAAUUUGGAACAUUUCUUCAACAGUUUUCCUGCCUUAGAAUCCCUUACGUUACGCCGCAUUGAUUUCGAUGCGGAAAACUGCGUUCAAGCAAUACAUCUCAAAAACCUUGACUUGCGAAGUGUUGAAUAUUUUGACGAAACGAUUACCUUGAACGCCCCUAAUCUCGAGAAUCUUACGUUAGAUGUGAAUGUCUUGGACAAAAUAGAUUUUAUCAACACCGUCAGACUUUCCAACCUUAAACUGUUCCUAAUAUUAAAAAGCAUGAGAAAAACAUUCAAACGUAUUAUUAUCCCGUUUCUACAAGCACACGGAGAGGUGACGCAUUUAUGCCUAAUAGGACAUUAUCAUCAGAAAGAUAACCUUGAUAAACUAACUACUGGUGCCGUGGAGUUUAAUAUCAAACAUCUUGAACUACAAUCCAUCAAUGUGGCAGUUGGCUUUUUCAAAAUGAUUUCUGAGUGGGAUUCAUUACAGACUUUAACCUUAAACGGCUGUACCAUUGAUUGUAACGGUCUUGUAGAUAGCGAAAUAAUUCGUCUGCCAUCAGUACAUGAAAUCGAAACUCUUGGAAAUAACCGACUUAAAAAUACGAAAAGAAAUGAUUUUCCUUUGUUGGCAAGGGAGAUCUCAUCGGAUUGUGCCUAAUGUUUCGGAUAGUAGUUAGUAUCAAAUAUUAUAAUUAUAUCUUAAAAAAAAACUAUUUUUCUUUGCUACCAAAAAUUACGCUAAUGAGGUUAUAAAACUAUAUAUUCGAAUAGAAAUUAUUUUCAUAGUACCCAUAUCGUCAUCGUUAUACACGUUAUGUCUCAGUGAGGAACGGCCCAGUCUAGAUGAACUUUCAUGAAUCGGUCGAUGUUCGGGUAGAUCAUUAAUGUUUAGUUGUUGCAGCCUAGUUUCAAGACUGUGUGACUGAGACGCUUGCAACGAAAGGGAAUUUACAUUUGGAUGUCGCUGGGGCACCGUGGAAGAAACCGCUGGU